AUGCCAAAGCCAUUGGAGAGGGCAGGGACACCGGACCAGCCCGACUACGCGAUCCAGCCCUUCGAGCGGGGAAGACAGGGGAAGCCCUACGAGAAGAACAUCAAGGACGGGGAGACCACGCUCGGCACCCCUAACGAGACCAACACCGACCUCAACGAUGCCGAGGUGGACGAGCGCUACCAAAACCGCCUGGACAAGUACAACUACACGAACCAGCACACCCAACGGGGCAACCAGGGCGGCUAUGACGACCGAGUGGCGGACUACAACCACCAA